CCCCCAGCGAGGAGAUGCUAGCUGAGCUGGGGGCUUGCCUGUUGCUGGCAGUGGUAUUGCUGAACUCAGGUCCUGGGACCCAAGCCAUGGAAGGUGUCAAGUGUGGGGGUGUGCUCUCGGCACCAUCUGGGAACUUCUCCAGCCCGAACUUCCCAAGUCUGUAUCCUUAUAACACAGAGUGCAGCUGGCUGAUCGUGGUGGCCGAGGGGUCCUCGGUGCUGCUCACCUUCCAUGCCUUUGACCUGGAGUACCAUGACACCUGUGGAUUUGACUUCCUAGAGAUCUACAAUGGGGCAUCUGGAGACAAGGGCAAUCUUCUGGGCAGGUUCUGUGGCCAGGUGCCCCCACCACCCUUCACCUCCUCGUGGCAUGUCAUGUCUGUUGUCUUCCACUCGGACAAACAUGUGGCCAGCCGAGGUUUUUCUGCAGGCUACCAAAAAGAUGUGUGUGGUGGUGUCCUGACUGGCCUGUCGGGGGUCCUCAGCAGCCCCGAGUACCCCAACAACUACCCCAACAACGUGGAGUGCCAUUGGCUGAUCCGGGCCUCGGGCCCCGCCGCCGUCAAGUUGGUGUUCGCGGACUUCCAGGUGGAGGGCAGUGAUGGAUGCACGUACGACUACGUGGCUGUGCUUGGCGCUCCUGGCCCUGCCCGCGGGCACCACUACUGUGGCCGCACCAGACCCCCUGCCCUUGUGUCCCUGGGCCGUGAGUUGCAGGUGGUCUUCAAAUCUGACUUCAACAUCGGAGGCCGGGGCUUCAAGGCUCACUACUUCUCAGGAGAAUGCCAGGAGGUAUUCACAGCUGUGCGUGGAAACUUCUCCAGCCCGCAGUACCCUGGCUCCUACCCCAACAAUAUCCGCUGCCACUGGACCAUCCGCCUGCCCCCGGGCUACCGCAUCAAGAUCUUCAUCCUGGACCUGGGCUUGGAGGAACCCAACAGCCUGACCAGAACCUGUGACUUUGACCAUCUGGCAGCCUUCGAUGGGGCCACCGAGGACACACAGCUGCUGGGGAAGUGGUGUGGUCAUCACCUGCCACCGCCCGUCACCUCACAUCACAACCAGCUCCUGCUUCUGCUGCACACGGACCGCAGCACCUCCGGCAGGGGCUUCUCUGUGGCCUACAUUGGAGUGGUACCCAUGAAUGUGAGCUGUUCCCGCACAGACUUCCAGAUCCUGAUCUCUGCCCAGGCACUGGCCCCACUGGAGCGGACCAAGGUCUACCUGGGCAGCCGGAGCUGUGCAGCCCAGGAAGUUGGUAGCAACUUCCGGAUCCAGGCCCGCUUUGACACCUGCGGUACUGAAUCUCAGAGAAGAAAUAACACCUCUGUGAUCGUCAGUGUGCUGUACAUCGAUUUCUCUGCUGCCGGCCACGAGGAUAUCCACGAGUACGAGGUGCGCUGUGAGCCGAGGCGCAAGGAGGCAUCUGCUCACUUGCUGUCGGGCUCUCACUGGCUCGGGCCCUACGCCGCCACUGCUGAGCACCUUCAGGAGGCGCCAUCCGGGGACGAGGCAGAGGUCCUGGAGAGACCUGGGACUGUGGUGGCCCAGGACACUAGUGAUAUCGUCUUCCUGGGCCUCUGCAUCCUGGCUGGAGUCCUUAUGAUCAUUGCCAUUGUGGUCCUGAUGCUGCUGUAAGCAGGAAGAGAGCAGCUUGGGGACCCACAGCAGGGCAGGGUGGGGCUGUGGACACGUUGGUGACAUCUGAGCCCCCGUUUCCUAGGGAUCACUGCUCUUCCCUGCUCAUCACAGGGCUCUGAGAAAAGUUUGUGUGGGUAAGGGCUCUGGAGACGGUUGUAAUUGUUGUGAUGUUAUUAAUUUUAAGGCUAUUCCACUACAGGAGAGCAUGCUCCCGUAUGUGUCUCUUGUGAGCUUGGAUAGUUGGGGUCACGGGCGGCAGCGUGAAUACGACACACUCAUUCUGUUCUUCCCCGACUCAGGGCACAACUACGAGCACCUUUAAGUUUCUCUACCUUCAUUAGCAGGAAGUCUAGUAUUGGUGCAGGGCUUCCUCUCUCUUGCAUUGACUUGUGUGAAGACUCUAUCUAAAGAACUCCAGCUCAGCCUCCAGGAACUGGCAAGAGAGCUGAAGCUCCAGCUAGUGCAGCUGUUUCAGCCCCUGCCACACCAUGUCACGACUGAAGACUGGCCCUGUGCAUACAAGUGGAUGCUAGCACAUGGAAGUGGCAAUGGCCUCCUGGAUUCGGUUCCUAUGGACACCAGGUAAGCUGAACAGCAUGCUCAGAGGUGAGGCUGUAGCUGAGGAGGUGUUGCUUUUAUGUUGGGACUUUUGCUUGAAUGUCUUCUGACCUUUGGCCAAGGUACUAACUGAAGUCCCAUGUUCCCCCACUCUCGCUCUGAUGUUCGUGUCAGCAGCCCUUCCUCGCUCAGCAGACAAACUUUCUCUGCAGCCCUUGUACUUUUUUUUUAACUCUAGUCCCUUAGAGUGCCCUAGUCACUCAGCUACUCCAGUCUCUCAGCUGCUCCAGUCUCCCAGAGCUGUUCCAGUCCACCCACUUGAUGCUUCUCUGUUUCCAUCAGAUUCAAGGGGACUUCCUGCCCU